AUGGCAGUCCUGCCAGUGGAAACUCGCGAUCAAAAAAGUGUUUUUUGCAAAAUUGUGGAUGAUUUUUUUAACUCCAGUACCAUUCAUGGAGUGAAGUAUAUUGGGACAAGGCCUUGGUAUGAAAAACUUUGGUGGCUUAUCGUCUUCGUCAUCUCACUCAUCAUUUGCAUAAUCCAAAUUUCCGCCAUCUACACAAAAUGGAAAGAAACUCCCUUUAUAAUCGCUGUCGAAGAAAAAUUUACUUCAAUUGGAGAAAUUCCUUUUCCCGCAAUAACUAUUUGUGGCAGAUUCAUCUCUAACGAAAACCAAACGCAGUUGAAUUACGACGACUUUCUAGAUCAAGAACUACUCGAAAUGGACGAAGAGCUUUUGGAUUUAUUCGAUUUCGCAAGUGACGUUUGUCUGGAUGACAUGAGAUUAGGAAAAUUUCCCGAAAAAAAAUUUGAUAAAGUAAGAGAUUAUGUUAACCAAUUCCGAAAAUCAAGUUCCAUGCUUGAAACUGCCGAGAAAAUGUUUUCCGUCAAUUCAACGAAAUUUAUGUCAAAAUGUCACGGUACCGUCGUCGGUUUGAGUGGAUGGUCCUGUCAUGAGAAAUUUCGUAAAAUUGUUACUCGUUAUGGAAUUUGCAUGACUUUUAAUAUGUUGCAAAAACGUGAAAUCGUGCGACAAAAUGUGACAAUUCUUUUGAAAAGAGGCAGGAAUAAAGCCUUCUUAUGGAAUCCAGAAACUGGUUACAAUCGAAAAACGCAACUUUGUUUUAAUUCAGGACAAUGUUUAAGCAACAUUAGAGUUUUUGUGCAUCAUCCAUACGACUUUCCAUGGGAUGACGGGAAUGUUUUAAGUUAUUCGGAUCCUUUUAGUUCACCAUCGAUUGUUAUUAUGCCGGAAAUGAUAAAAACGCCGCUUGAAUUGCGACUUUCUAUCCCGCCAGAUGAAAGAAAUUGCUACUUUGAUGGAGAACGAAACUUGAAAUUUUUCAAAAUUUAUUCAAAAUCGAAUUGUGAACUUGAGUGUCUUACCAACAUCACUUUGGGUGAAUGCAAAUGUGUUAAAUAUUGGAUGCCCCGAUACCCUGGAACCCCAAUUUGCAGCAUUACUGAAUACAAUUGUUCGAGUUAUUGGAUUAAUUUUAUUUUUAACGGCAAUACCGUUGCAACUGUGUUAAAAAAUGUAGAAGAAUCUGGCGUUCCGUACAAAUGUAAUUGUUUUGAUCGAUGCAACAGUGUCAAGUAUUUUGCUAGAGAAUCGAAGAGCGAGAAGCAAAAGAGCGAGAACGUUGCCUACGGAUCAUCGAAAACAGAUACAGAUAUCGAGAUGCCAUCAAAUUUUUCGGCAUUCGUUGAUGCUAAACAAGCUUUUUUCAUUAUAUUGAAAUUCAACUUUGAAAAAUCGCAGUUUUUGUCCUACAAACGAAUUGUUCCAUAUAAUUAUUCAGAUUUUAUUGCAAAUUGUGGCGGAUUGUUGGGACUUUUCAUGGGCAUCUCGCUUCUGAGUCUUGUAGAAAUUAUCUAUUUUUGCACUUUUCGACUUAUCGAAGCUAUCGUAAUUGCCAUAAAAGGUAGACGUCAGUGA